GUGGAAAUAGAAUUAAUAUAUGGCCGGCAUCACCCUGUAGAUCCAAAAUCUUCAAUAAAACAACCAUCCUUCCAACCCACCCAAAAAGAAACAAGAAAACAGUCGAGAGGGCUUGAAACAUGGCCAAGAAAAAUAUGUCCAUGUUUGUAGCGUGCUUUGUAUCUUCCAUGGUUCUCAAUCUCUUCUUUAUCAUCAAUCUGUACGUGGGUGAAGAUUCGAAGCUCGGCCUCAGUUGGAGCAAAAAAGCUGCAGCAGAUGCCGAGGCUGUGGCUGCUAUAUCAUGCUCAGGCCAUGGCAGAGCCUACUUGGAUGGGUUGGUUCUUAACGAAAAUGGAUUUCCGGUUUGUGAGUGCAAUUCUUGCUAUGGAGGCCCUGACUGCUCUGAGUUUUCACCUGCUUGUGCUGUAAAUGCUGAUGGUGGAGAUCCAUAUUUUUUGGAGCCAUUCUGGAGGCAACAUGCAGCAAGCAGUGCACUUGUAGUGGCGGGAUGGCAUCGAAUGGGGUAUUCAUACAGUGACCACACUUUCAUCAGUCAAGAGCUAGAGAGGCAUGUCCGCAUCUUACAUUCCAUUGUUGGAAAUGCAGUCACUGCCGGAAGGUACAUCGUCUUUGGUGCUGGCUCGACUCAACUCCUUAAUGCAGCUGUUAACGCAUUAUCCCCUGAUAAUUCCUCUAUGCCCGCGCCGAUAGUUGCAUCAAUUCCUUAUUAUCCGGUUUAUAAAAUGCAAACGGACAUUUUUCAAUCAAUGAACUUUAAGUUUGAAGGAGAUGCAUCCCUAUGGAAGAACAGCACUUCAGAUGCUACUGUGAAUGUCAUUGAGUUUGUAACUUCACCAAACAAUCCGGAUGGACAGCCGAACAAGGCAGUUCUUAGUGGUCCAAAUGCCAAAGCAAUUCAUGAUCAUGCCUACUAUUGGCCACACUUUUCACCCAUUCCAACUCCAGCAGAUGAAGAUGUUAUGGUGUUCACAAUUUCUAAACUGACGGGUCAUGCCAGCACUAGAUUCGGGUGGGCAAUAAUAAAGGAUAAGGCUGUGUACGAACGAAUGAUACAGUAUAUGAACUUAAACACUUUCGGUGUUUCUCGAGAUUCUCAAUUAAGAGCUUUAAAGCUCUUAAAAGUAGUCAUUGAAGGGGGAGGAAGAGAAAUCUUUGAAUUUGGGUACAAGACCAUGAGAGAUCGAUGGCAAAAAUUGAGUGAGACUCUAUCCAAGUCGAAACGCUUCUCUCUCCAGAAAAUUGCACCUCAGUACUGCAGUUUUCUGCAUGAAGUUAGGGAAUCUUCACCAGCUUAUGCAUGGGUGAAGUGUGAGAGGGAAGAGGACAGAGAUUGUAAUGCGGUCCUCCAAGGAGCCAAUAUUAAUGGCCGUGAAGGCAGCAUGUAUAGUGCUGAAGAUCGAUACGUACGUCUGAGCCUCAUACGAAGCCAAGACGAUUUUGAUUUACUGCUUCAACGUUUGAACAAACUCAUGUUGGGGGAAGAAGGGGCAAAGCCUUUGUAAUUAAUGCCGUCAAUCAUCAUUGGGUUUGUAUUUAUCAUUAUCAUUAUCUUUCUGUUGGGAAAUAAGACGAUAAUCAUUUUAUUAGCUGGCCGUCAUGAUCGUGUAUACCUCAUUCAUCUGUUAAAGAAACUUUUUACCUCAUCCGCCUUGGGUAUCGGGUACACCAACAUGAAAAUGGAGAAAAUCAAUGCUUAUUAAUA